AUGCCUACGAUUCUCGUCGUCGGCGCAACUCGCGGUCUCGGCGCUAGCAUUGUCAAGACAUAUGCAGCCGAUACCAAUAAUCAAGUACUGGCGACUGCAAGAACCUCGAGCCCUCCAGCCAAUAGCCAAGCAAAGAAUGUAGCCUACAUCCCUAGCAUCGACAUUGCAACAGAAGAUGCUAGCAGCACCCUAGUACGUUACUUGGAGUCACGGAAAAUCACCAAAAUCGACACGGUUAUCAUAACUGCCGGCUACUUUGCUACCGAGUCCCUCAAAGAACCGUCCUUCUCCGACCAAGAACGCAUGUACAAGACAUGUGUUAUCGGCCCUACGAUUCUUGUCACUGCGCUUGCAAACAAUGGCUCCCUGCUUUCACAGAAAUCGAAAGUCAUCUUCGUCUCCUCGGAGAGCGGCAGCAUAACGCUCAGACACGAGUCGGAAGGCGGUGGAAACUACGGCCAUCAUGCUAGCAAGACCGCACUGAAUAUGUGUGCGAAGUUGCUGAGCUUGGAUCUCAAGGAGCGGGGCGUAGCAGUCGCUGCUGUACAUCCGGGCUUCAUGCGCACGGAGAUGACGAAGAAUGUCGGAUUCGACAAGUUCUGGGACGACGGUGGUGCUGUCACGCCGGAUGUUGCCGCAAAGACUCUGGUGGAGUGGGUCGAGACAUUCGAUAUCAGCAAGACAGGACAGUAUUGGGCGCCUCGCGGGGCUGGGGCUGACUCGAACAGUGAUAUCGGUACUGCUGAACCAGUCCUAGGAGCGAAGGACAAGCUUCCCACGCCUCUCCAGCUUCCGUGGUAG